GCCUGUCCUUGCCUUAAGUGCCCGGCUGGACUCCGGGAGCCUGGGCUGGGGCCUGGGCACUGCUUCCUCCUUGGCCCCUCAGGCCCUUGGAAGAAGAGAGAGAACCGCUUGCAGAUCCCAGGCUCAUCCCCAGCACAGCAGACACCAGGAAGGUGGCCAGAGCCUCACUGUGCCCGCCCGACAGCUACCCACCCACCCAGGCUGGAGCCAUGGAUAAAUUCCGCAUGCUCUUCCAGCACUUCCAGUCGAGCUCAGAGUCGGUGAUGAAUGGCAUCUGCCUGCUGCUGGCUGCAGUCACCGUCAAGCUGUACUCCUCUUUCGACUUCAACUGUCCCUGCCUGGCGCGCUACAAUGCACUCUACGGCCUGGGCCUGCUGCUCACACCCCCACUCGCCCUGUUUCUCUGCGGCCUCCUCGCCAACCGGCAAUCUGUGGUGAUGGUUGAGGAGUGGCGCCGGCCCUCGGGGCACCGGAGGAAGGACCCAGGCAUCAUCAGGUACAUGUGCUCCUCUGUGCUGCAGAGGGCGCUGGCCGCCCCCCUGGUCUGGAUCCUGCUGGCCCUCCUUGAUGGGAAGUGCUUUGUGUGUGCCUUCAGCAGCUCUGUGGACCCUGAGAAGUUUCUGGAUUUUGCCAACAUGACCCCCAGUCAGGUACAGCUCUUCCUGGCCAAGGUUCCCUGCAAGGAAGACGAGCUGGUCAGGGAUAGCCCUGCUAGGAAGGCGGUGUCUCGUUACCUGCGGUGCCUGUCACAGGCCAUUGGCUGGAGUGUCACUCUGUUGCUGAUCAUCUUGGCCUUCCUGGCCCGCUGCCUGAGGCCCUUCUUCGACCAGACAGUCUUCCUGCAGCGCAGAUACUGGAGCAACUACGUCGACCUGGAGCAGAAGCUCUUCGACGAGACCUGCUGUGAGCAUGCGCGGGACUUCGCGCACCGCUGCGUGCUGCACUUCUUCGCCAGCAUGCAGAAUGAGCUGCAGGCGCGGGGGCUGCGCCGCCACCCUGCAGGCGGGAGCCCUGAGCCCUGCACAGUGCCUGAGCCCCCAGAAGACCUGGACAGUGGCAGCGGGAAGGCCCAUCUGCGCGCAAUCUCCAGCCGGGAGCAGGUGGACCGUCUCCUGAGCACCUGGUACUCCAGCAAGCCGCCGCUGGACCUCGCUGGAUCUCUCGGGCUCUGGGGGGGUGGCCUGAGCCACCGCGCCCCUGCCUUGGCACUGGGCACCAGGCUGUCCCAGCACACUGACGUGUAGGGUCCCGGCCAGGCUAGAAGCUGCAGUGUUCCCAGGUGAAAUGCCGCGCUGGGGUCUUUCCAGGCCAGUGGGGACCCCACAGCAAAGCAGCCUAAGUCUUGUUGGCCUCCUUUUUAAAGUAGCCCAAUCUCUGCCUGGUGUGGCCUCCAGGUGCUUCACAGACUUUAAUGUGGACUCGAUUCACCGAGGUCCUUGUUAAGUACAGGUUCAGACUCAGUGCAGCCAGGACUGAGUCUGAGAUUCCACAGUUUAAACAAGCUCCCGGGCGAUACUGAUAUGCUUUUGGUCAGUGGACCAAACUUUUGAGUAGCAAGAAUCUAAGUACAUCUGCCAGGGGUCUGGGCUGUAGAUGUCAAUUCUAAAUAAUAGUAAUGA